AUGCCUUUUGAACCUUCAAGGCAGCAAAUAUUUUGCCGAAGUCAUGUCAUGUUGAAGCGAAACUCGUACAGCUGCAUCUCUACUGUGUAUUAUAGCAAUCACACAGCAACGUUUAAUGUAGAGCUUAUCGCUUUACAUGGUGAUGUGUCUCCUAAUCCUGGACCGGUAACUGAUAAUACUACAAACAACAGCGCAGAAAGAGAAGUAAGGUAUCCUAAGUUCUCGUUUGAGUCCAAAGGACUUCGACUUGGCCAUCUAAAUGUUAGAUCACUCCCGAGACACCUGGACGAGAUUAAAGCUUUGGUUUGUUUAAAUAAUGUGGAUAUCUUCGCAAUGAGUGAGACAUGGUUAAACUCUACUUGGAACGAUUGUGAACUGAGUGUUGACAACUACACGAUAUAUCGAUUGGACCGAACUGGUAGUUCAACCUCGAGGAGUUCAAGCAAGGGCGGUAGUGUAGCAGCUUAUGUGAAGAACUCACUUCAUCCUCGCCGUGUCAAUUAUUCAGACUCAG